GGUCAUUUCCUUUAAAAGACCAUUUCUGAAUCUCCCAAAGUUUCCCUUGACAUUUCCCCUUAGACCUGACCAACAGUGUGUUUAAGGGCUCUUUCUUCCCCCACUGGGCUGGGGUGACAACCAGCUAAGACCCUGGGCCCUGGGUGUCCCCUCUCCCUGCAUAUCUGGAGGACCUCUAAUAUCAACUGUCCCAUGUACCAAGUCCUGGACAGUGACCUCUCCUUCCUGGGCCACUGCUGCCAAGUGCAGAUGUGUCACUGUGGCCUGUGGUCCCCGUGGACUGGCAGAGCCCAGGAGUCUUGAACACCACCCUGGAAAGCCUGACCAGCAUCAGAGAUGGCAUCCUUGGGGUGUGGCAUGUCAUCGUCCACUAGCCCCUUGGCCACCAGGGGGCCGCCUCUUGCCUGGCUCUUCACCCAAGUGGACCUCUGUCUGGGCUGUUCAGACUGCACCCGGCGCCUCAAUGAGAGCACCUAUGUCCUGUGUGAGGUGGAGCACAGCUGCUCCUGUGAGAUCCUUCUGGCUCGCUUCAAGCGAGCUGCCAAGAGAAAGGUCUGGCGGGAGGUGGGCCACCGGCCCUGCUUCCCGAGACCUUGGCGAUACAAAGUAUGUCGCUACUACAGCCCUGGGCUGGGCUGCCGGUACCACCGAAACAGGUGCACCUUUGCCCGCAGCCCCGAGGAGGCUCUGGUUUGGACCUUUGAGCUCAAGCACAGUGUCUCCCGCCUGUGGCUGAAGACUGCAGUGAAGGGCGAUGACCCCCAGCAUGGUCUACACGGGGCUGCCGAUACCAUCCUCUCGGAGUUUGGUGGCUACUUUCAGCUGCUCUGUGCCCACUGCUUCAGGGACCGCCCCCAGCGUCUUCGCCCUGUGGACCCCCAGGGACAGUGCCCUAGGCAUGGAACCUGUGCCACACUCCUGGUCCAUGUCAGCACCAAGGACUGCAAGCGCCAGUUCACCGAAGUGCGGCCAAAGCCCCAGAACAGCCCACCGCUGCGCUACUGCAUGUUUGUGGAGCGUGGGCAGCCAUGCCGCCACGGGGCCGCCCGCUGCAAGUUCGCACACAGUGCUGUAGAGAUGGCCGUGUGGGAGGCUGAGCAGCUGGGUGGGCUGCAGCGGGAAGCCCUGCAUACACUUUCUACCCUGGGGAAAGACCAGCGCACAACCGCCCACAGUCGGUCUCCCAGGGGCAGCCAGCCCCCCAAGGUAGAGCUGUACUGCUACACCUGCCUGUUUACCUGCUGUUCUCAGGAGGCCUUCGAGAAUCAUUGUGCCUCCCUGGAGCAUGCACAGAUGGUGGCCUUUGACCAGGCUGUGCCCUGGAAGCACCGCGCUCCACCCAUGGGGCUCUCCAAAUUUGAGCUUUGCCCAAGACCUGACCUCUGCGAGUACGGGGAUGUCUGCACCCAGGCGCACUCGGAACAGGAACUGCAGGAAUGGGUCUGGCGGGUGCAAGCCAUGGAGCUGCGGCAGCAGGCAGCCUGGCAGGACGGGUUGGUGCCAUACCGGGCCCGGCUGCUAGCUGAGUACCAGCACAGCAGUGAGGCCCAGGUGAUGUCCGAGACUGUCCAUGGUGUGUCUGUCACCUGCCAUCAGCCCCUAGUGCACCGGGCUCAGGAGAAGAAGAUCCAGCACAGCUGGGUAUUCCGAAUCCACUCUGAGGACCCUCUGCUUCAUGUGGCCUUGCUUAAGCAGGAGCCUGGGGCAGACUUUUCGCUGGUGGCACGCUGCCUCCCUCCAGGCCGGCUCUAUGCAAGCGGAGAGCGUUUCCGUGUGCCCGACUCCCAAGCAGAGUUUCAGGUGGGGGUGCUAGUGCAGACCACCUCCUUUGGCACCUUUGAGCAGUGGGUGGUCUUUGACUUUGGUCGUCGACCAGUGCUGCUACGGAAGCUGGGGCUGCAGCUGGGCCAGGCACACUGCUCAGAGCUCCGCAGGUCGCCAGCACCUGGCCGCCCCGAGGAGCUGGAGCACUGGCACCCUGGCAACCGCCAUGUGGUGCCUUGUAUGGAGCAGACAGCUGAACAGGCAGCCCUGAUGGCCAAGUACAAGGUGCCCACCCUGGCCCUGGAGGUCGGUCACGGUAGCCUGGCCACGGAACCCCUCUCUCGCACCAACUAUCGGCAGAGCAUGCACCACUUCCUCUAUGAGGAGCAGGCUGCUCGGCAGCAGCUGGUGGCCAAGCUGACCCUGCGGGGCCAAGUGUCCCUGAAGACUUCGCUGCAGACGCCGGCACUCGGCAUGCUCUUUGCGCCCCCAGGAGCCCUCUAUGCUGAGGUUCUUGUCCCCUCCUCUCUAACACCAGACACAGACCAGGGCUUCCUGCUGAGCCGGGAGGUCAGCACAGCCCUUGUGGCCCCUGUACCUGCACCUGACAACACCGUGUUCGAGGUGCGGCUUGAGAAGCGAGCCAUCUCAGAGCAGGCACUGUGGCUGCUGCUGCCCGUGCACUGCUGUGUGGCCCUGGGACUGAAGGCUGAAGACAGCCUCAUCCUGGAGGUUCAGUUCCAGAUUGACCCCUUCAGCUUCUGGUUCUGGCAUCAAGCAGUAGAUGCGUUACCUGACGAGCACCUGGUGGUGCCCGACCUGCCCACCUGUGCCCUGCCCUGUCCUCGUUCCAUCCCACCCUCAUUGCGUGGCAACUACAAGCAGAAGCUGGCUAUGGGGCUCAUUGCAGGCAGCAGCACAGAGAGCACGAAGCCUGUCCCCCCUUUGCUCAUCUAUGGCCCCUUUGGCACUGGCAAGACCUACACUCUGGCCAUGGCCACGCUGGAGGUUGUUCGGCAGCCCCACACCAAGGUGCUCAUCUGCACGCACACCAACAGUGCCGCCGACAUCUACAUCAGGGAGUACUUCCACGGCUAUGUCAGCAGGGGCCACCCUGAGGCAGCUCCUCUCCGCGUGAUGUACACCGACCGGCCACCAAACCAGACUGACCCAACCACACUGCAGUACUGCUGCCUGACUGAGGACUUCCGGGCUUUCCGCCCGCCCACGGAGGCAGAGCUGACUGGGCACCGUGUGGUGGUCACCACCACUUUGCAGGCCCGUGAGCUCCGGGUGCCUCCCGGCUUCUUCUCCCACAUCCUCAUUGAUGAGGCUGCCCAGAUGCUGGAGUGUGAGGCCCUCACCCCGCUGGCCUAUGCCUCACCACACACCCACGUGGUGCUGGCGGGGGACCAUCUGCAGGUCACACCCAGGCUCUUCAGUGUGCCCAGGGCCAAGGCCGCCAGGCAUACCCUGCUGUACCGCCUUUUCCUUCACUACCAGCAGGAGGCACACGAGGUGGCCCGGCAGAGCCGAAUCAUCUUUCACGAGAACUACCGCUCCACCGCAGCCAUCAUUGGCUUCAUCUCACGCCAUUUCUACGUGGCCAAGGGCAACCCCAUCCAGGCGAGUGGCAAGGUCCCACCCCAUCCCCGACAGUACCCACUCAUGUUCUGCCACGUGGCAGGCACCCCCGAGCAAGACAUGUCCAUGGCAUCCUGGCUGAACCCAGCGGAGGUCACACAGGUUGUGGAGAAGGUGCAGGAGGUCUACAACACCUGGCCCCUCUGCUGGGGUGCCCGGGAGCAGAGAAGCAUCUGUGCUGUCUCGCAUGGUGCCCAGGUCAGUGCACUGAGGCAGGAGCUGAGGAGGAGGAACCUGGGUGAGGUGUCUGUGGGCAGCUUUGAGACUCUGCCAGGGCGGGAGUUCCGAGUGGUGGUGCUGAGCACCGUGCACAACUGCCACAGCCUGCUCAGCCCUGGGGCGCCCACCUUGGAGUUCUUUACCGACGCUCGUGUGUUGAACACAGUCAUGACCCGAGCCCAAUCCCAGCUGGUGGCUGUAGGCGAUGCCAUGGCCCUUUGCUCCUUUGGGGCCUGCAGCAAGCUCUGGAAGAGCUUCAUUCUCGAGUGUAUGGAGCACCACAGUGUCUUCCCUGAGGGCUUGUCCCUGGCACAGAUUGAGCAGGGCGUGGCCCAGAGGCAGCAGUGGGGCCCAGUGGCUCUCAGAGCAGAGAGAACUUGGGCAUCGGUAGCCAGAGACACUGGCCUGGACAAGGCAGCCAGGGGCCCAGCCACAGAGCACACAGCCGUGGCAAAGUUUCUGCCAGGGCCUGGGACCAUGAAUAACAAGACCGCAGUAAUGGCAAAGGCAGAGGACACAGCUGUUGGGAGUCCAGUCUCAAGGGGAGCAGCCACGACACAGAUGAAGGCAGCAUCAGGAGCGGAUGCAGCAAAGCGAGACCUGGCAGCAAGGCCAACCGCCCCAGAGGGCGGGGUGUCCGAGGACGCUGAGGACUCAGAGUCUGACUUCUGGCCCUUUGACUGUGAGCUCAACGCAGACGACGCCAUCCUGCAGGAACUCCUGGAUGAGAGCCGGCAGGUGAUGGUGACUGUGAGGGAGGAUGGGCUCUUGGACACUAUGGCCAAACCAGCAUCCCCACGGCAUGCCCGGCAGUACAAGAACCUGCCCUUAGCCAAACUGAGGAGGCUGAUGCACUCAGAGCCUCAGCUCUAUCGCCGCUGCAUCUUCCAGGCAGAGACCUUCGAGCGAGCUUUGGCUGUCCCACUGGAUGAGGUGGCCUCCGCCCCCAUCCAGAUCCGGGGCCGCCUGAACUGUGGGAUGGCUUUUUCCGGGGAUGAGGUACUGGUGCAGCUCCUGGGCCAGUCAGCUGGCGAGAGGGGAACCCCGGGGAGGCUGCAGGGUCGUGUGGUGGGCGUGAUGAGGAGGAAGCGAGACGAGUUGACAUUUGUGUGCCGUAUGGAUGAAUGGGAUCCCCGCAUCAUGAUCCCCAUCAACGGCUCUGUGACCAAGAUUUUUGUGGCUGAUCUGAAGGACCCACUACAGGUUCCCAUCCACCGCCUCCUCCAGGGUCAGGUGCAGUGUGUGGGACACAGACGUCUUACUGCUGAGGGCAGGCGCACACGGCUCUUCUGGGUCCGCAUCAUCCUGUGGCGGGAGCGUUUCUACUACCCCCUGGGCAUCAUCCUGGAGAUGCUUCCUGAGGCCACCGGCUGGGAGCAGGGCCUCAACAUCCUUGGUCUGGAACAUGACUUGCGAACCUCCUCACUGGACUCAGCAUCCAUCUCCAAGGCACUGCAGAAAUACCGUGCAGAGCUUGGCACCGCUGCUGGCUCCCGAGAGGACUGCCGCAGUUUCCUGACCUUCACUGUGGACCCCCAGGGUGCUUGCAACCUGGACGAUGCCCUCAGUGUCCGGGACCUGGGUUCCACGUAUGAGGUGGCUGUGCACAUUGCUGACGUAGCCAGUAUCGUGCCCAAGGGUGGGGUGCUAGACAUGGAGGCCCGCCGGCAAGGUGCUGUGUUCUACGCCCCUGACAGGGAGCCAGUGCCCAUGCUGCCAGCCAGCCUGUGCCAAGAUGUGCUCAGCCUCCUGCCAGGCAAGGACCGCCUGGCCAUCUCCCUCUUUCUCACCCUGGACAAGAGCAGCAGCCAGCUCAAGGACCUGCGCUUUGCACCCACUAUCAUCUGCUCCAGCCGGCAGCUGUCCUACGACGAAGCUGAGGUGCUGAUCAGGAAGCAUCAGGGCACUGGCACGCGGCUGCCGGCUCGCCUAGACUCAGUGGAAGACUGUGUGGUGGCUGCCUGCUACUUCUCCCGGGCGCUGCGCUGCCGUCGCCUGCAAGCUGCCUGUCACUACGAGCCCCCAGAUGAGGACAGCGCGUUGGGCUUCCGUGCAGCCCACAUCAUGGUUCAAGAGUACAUGAUUCAGUUUAACAGUCUGGUGGCUGAAUUCCUCGUGGGCAACAAGCACACACAGACCCUCACGCCCCUGAGAUGGCAGCCCGUGCCUCUCACGGCCCAGCUCGAAGCCGUGUGCGAGAAGCACAGAGAGCUGGUGCCCCUGUCACUGUACCUCCGCCACCACCUGCAUGGCCACAGCAGCUCCCAACCACAGCUGUACCUCCUGUCUUCCCUCUGGAAGCACGUCCAGCUUGCUGCCCGCAGCCAGGACUAUGGCCAGAUGGUAGAUCUCAUUACCACCGACGACAUGCACCCCUCCUUGGCUCCUGCAGGCCUGGACCUCCGCAAGGCCCUGGGCCGCUCCGUCUUUGGCCGCUCCAGCCAGGGUGAACAGCAGCUGACCGGCCACUACUCAUUGCAGGUGGACUGGUACACGUGGGCCACCUCACCCAUCCGCAGGUACCUCGAUGUGGUGUUGCAGCGGCUGAUCCUGCUGGCACUGGGUCUAGGGGGUUCCACAUACUCCUCCAGGGACAUUGACAGACUCUGCCAGGACUUUGCCCGCCAGUAUGCCUGUGCCCAGAGCUACCAGCGACGGGCCUGCAGCCUGCACUUGGCCACUCACCUCAAGGCACAGCCUCAAAGCAAGUUGGGCUUUGUAGUAGAUGUGGAGCCAGGCACCCGCUGCUUCAAGUUGCUCUUCCCUGCCAACCGAGAGACCCUGCCAGACCCGUGCCCUGUCCACUAUCACUCCCUGCAGCUAGUUGAGCACCCUAAUGACCUCGUGAAUCGGCGGGGCCUAAAACUUGUGUGGCGGCGCCGGGUCUACUCCGUGCAGGAGUCCAAGCCACGCUCUCCGCUGCCUGGCACCCUGUUCGACCCACACGUCUGGGCCAUUGACACAACCCUGUGGAAGCAGCUGCUGGUCCUGGUGGAGGAGGAGCGCUGGCUGGAGGCAGCCACUCUGAUUCAGGAGCACAGUGGGAGAGAGUAUCAGAGGAAGAAGAUGGUGCAGGUGCACCGGAGCCCCUGCGGCCACUUCCUGGAGGUGGUCCGGGAGCUGUGCAGCGGGGAUACUCUGCAGGUCCAGCUUUGCGCCAGCAUGCAGCGAGGCUUCCUGGUGCCCACCCUGCAGCUGUGGACCGUGGCACCUGGCUUCAGUCUCUGCCUGGAGCAUGCAGAGCAUCCAGCCAGCUGCUUCUCAGCACACGCACACCAAGCCACACAGGACCGGUACCAUGAUGAGCAUGAGUACUCACUUGUAUGGAAGCCCCUCUGUGCCCAGGAGUCAGUCACCAAUGCUGUUGCUGAGAACGAGACCAUCGUGCUGCAGCACGUGUGCAUUUCCUGGGAAGCAGAGUGGACACAGCAGGGGCAGCUCCAGGGCUCCUUCCACCUGGACCCCGCCUUCCUCCAGGAGAACUGCGCUGAUGUUGACUUCAGCUUUUGCUACCUCUGCAUCCGGCUUGAAGGGCUCCCAGUGCCACCAGCCAGCCUGCCCUCUGGCUCUGGCAGCCUUGGCCCCUUCCUGAGCAUCGAUCCUGACACGUAUGCCUGGGUGGCUCAUGGACUGACAGUCGGGUGUGACCAGGAGGACCAGGCAGAACAGCAGGAGGCCCCCAGGGCGGUGCACUUCUUCAUUCACCACAUGGCUAUGGAGAAAGUUCCAGAAAACGUGCUGAGGCCCGGCACCCUGUUUACAGUGGAGGUGCUACUCAAACAGCUUCCUGACCUCCGCAAGGAAGAAGCCGUUCGGAAGCUGAAGAAGGCGUCUCCACUGGCCAUCAGCAUCGCCCUCGGCCGGCCCAGCCCCCAGCCCUGUGCCCCCUCUCACCAGCAGUCCUUCCACAGGGGUAGGUCUGCGCCCACUUCCUCUCCCCCUCGGGCUCACCCUGUCCUGCAUGGGCGCUCACAGGGGGCUCCCCACAUCCCUCCAGGGACACCUAACAGGUUCCUGAAGCAACAGACCUACGACAUCCAUGGGGGCCGCCACAAGCUAAAUGCCAGUCAGAACAGGGCCAUCAGACAGGCUCUGGAGAAGCCAUUUACAGUCAUCCAGGGCCCACCAGGUACAGGAAAGACACUGGUGGGCCUCCACAUCAUCUUCUGGUUCCACAAGUCAAAUCAGGAGCAAGUGCCCGUUAGGAAAAGCCGUGAGGAAGAGGAGCCCACGUGGGGCCCGUGCAUCUUAUACUGUGGCCCUUCCAACAAGUCUGUGGAUGUGGUGGCAGGAAUGCUCCUGAAGUGGAAGGCGGAGCUGAAGCCCCUGCGUGUGUACGGCGAGCAGUGCGAGGCCAUCGAGUUCCCAGCGCCGGGUGUGGGCAGCAGGGCUCUGCAUAGCAAGGCCCCCAGGGACGGGAGACCAAACCAGGCCCUCAGGAGCAUCUCCCUGCACCACCGCAUCCGACAGGCCUCCAACCCAUUCUCGCAGAAGGUCAAAGAGUUUGACACCCGGGUGAAGAGAGGGGAAACCUUCUCCAGGGAGGACCUCAGCUCGUACCGAAAGGUCAUGCGAGAAGCGCGGAAAUUCGAGCUGGCCCGGCACUCCGUGAUCCUGUGCACAUGCUGCUGUGCGGCCUCGCCCUGGCUCCACUCCCUCAAGGUCCAGCAGAUCCUUGUGGAUGAGGCGGCCAUGGCCACUGAGCCCGAGAUUCUCAUUCCUCUCGUGCACUUUGCGAAGGCUGAGAAGGUGGUUCUCCUGGGGGACCACAAGCAGCUGCGGCCUGUAGUCAAGAACGAGCAGCUGCGGAACCUGGGGAUGGAUAAGUCCCUCUUUGAGCGCUAUCACAGGGACGCCUACAUGCUGGACACCCAGUACCGGAUGCACGAAGUCAUCUGCUCCUUCCCCUCCAUGGAGUUCUAUGGUGGGAAGCUGAGGACCUAUCAGGGCCUGAGGCGGCUGCCUAGCAUCCUAGGCCACGCGGACAAGGACAGCUGCCCAGUCAUCUUCGGCCAUGUGCAGGGCCAUGAACAGAGACUCCUGGUGACCACAGAGGAAGGGAAUGAGAACUCCAGGGCCAACCUGCAGGAGGUGGCAGAAGUGGUCCGCAUCACCAAGCAGCUGACACUGGAUCCGACAGUGGACCCCAAAGACAUUGCCAUCCUCACACCGUACAAUGCACAGGCUGCGGCCAUCAACAAGGACCUUAUGCGGCAGGGGAUCACAGGAGUGACUGUGUCCUCCAUCACCAAAAGCCAGGGAAGCGAGUGGCGUUAUGUGCUGGUGAGCACCGUCCGCACGUGCCCCAAGAGUGACGUGGACCAGCGGCCGACCAAGAGCUGGCUCCGGAAGUUCCUGGGCUUUGUCGUGGACCCCAACCAAGUGAAUGUGGCUAUGACCCGGGCCCAGGAGGGGCUCUGCCUGAUUGGAGACCACAUCCUGCUGAGCUGCUGCCCGCUGUGGUGCCGUCUCCUGGACUUCUGCAAAGCCCAAAAGAGCUUUGUGCCUGCCAGCAAGGUGCAGGUCCGGAGGAGGCCUGUGGUGUCGCCAUGAAGACCCUAGCCAACCCAGCCUUUGAGUGCCAGAGGUGUGGGCCUGGGCGGGCAGCAGACUGGAACGACAGGAAGCAAGCCCCACAUGAUCUUCCUGUUUGUGCCUGAACUUGAGAGGGAGAAAGGGUGGGACCAGGCCUGCUUACUCUCUGCUUGGCUGCUCUUCUCAAGACAGCUCCCAAAACCUGAGCUUCAGGCAGAUCCUCUCCCUGGAGGAAAGGCCCUUCCUCUGCCCCAUUGCCCUCUGUCCUUCAGAGGCUGCCCACAGGCACGAGGAGGACAGAGCCCUGCCAGAUGCCUGUACCAGUCUGGCUCAGCCUCCCAUCCUGAGCAGCGCUGGCUGUGCAGUCCCAGGUGCCCAGCCCCACCAGGCCAUGCUUCUGCCCUGAGUUGUGUGUGCCCCCUGCCCAGAGUCCUUGGGACUGACAUAGUCAGAGACCACCAUAGGGACAGAGGACAGGUGAAACCAGACUUUUAACUGCUACUCCUUUAUCAACAUGAUUAGUGCUUUCUUCUGUGUAGUCAGGGACUUAACAGCAAUUGUCGCCUCCUAGCAUGUCCUUGUUUCAGUGAUAAUGGAAGUUAUAACCAAAGCAGAAAUUACAGGAAAAGGCUGUAAUUAAGAGGAAAUAAGGAGGAGUACACUUCUGAUAAAGAUCAAGCCAGUCUCUUAGAAAGGGAGGAGCAGAUAUGGAAAGGGCUCCAGCUCAGGCUGUGGUAGGGAAAACCCUGGUGCAGGGGCUCAGACCAGCUGCUCAGGAGCCCGGGCCAGAUUUGUGGGGCCAGCAGAGGUGGGCUGGACUCUAAUAGGUCACUGUCUCAGCUCUGCUUUCUAGCUCUGCAGGAGUCCUCCUGGCUUGAGGGCUGAUUCCAUCCUCAUGAAGCAAUUAUCUCUGUGACAGUUUUGGUCAUGUGAGGCCCUGUUCAUUCUGGUACUAGGGUCACUCCUUGCUCAGGAUGUGGCUAAAGAGUACAGUCACUGCCUCAGGGGAAGGGUCUGGAACCGGACGGGGAAGGCUGGGAAUCGGAUAUCCUUGUGAGUCUUGAGAAGUACUUUAGUUACUCUUGGUGUCUUCUACAUCUAAGGGGGAUAAGAUAGACUGGGUAAAUUUAAGGCUGAUCAGCUUUGUAGACUUUAAGAAAAAAUGGUGGCCAGGUGUGGUGGUGCAUGUCUGGAAUCUCAGUACUUAGGAGGCUGAAGCAGGAGGGUUAUCAAGAGUAUGGAGCCAGCCCAGGCUACAUAGUGAGUUCAAGGCCAGCCUGAGCUGCAUAGCGAGAUGCUAUCUCAAAAACCGAAAGAAAAAGCAGACCUGUAGCCUAUCUUUGAAAGUCAAACUUUAUUCUACUUUUAGUUAACCUAUCGGGCUUUGUAGGUUUAAAUGAAGACUUACGGUUUUUAGCAAAAAAUUAAGACCCUGACUAUUUCAGAAGAAAACAUAACUCAUGUUUCUGAUGAGUGUCUGGGUAAGGGCCAGGAGUUAGUCUUUUUCCCUACAGUGGUCUAUGACUCCAUCACAGUGACUACAGAUGCCCAAGAGAUAGCUGAAAGCAGAACUCAGCUUGCUCUUCCUUUUAUGAAACUUUGGGCUAAGCUCCUGCUCCGUUCAGGUGGGCAUGCAGUCACUCAGAGUCUAACAGUUAGCAGAGCCAAGCCCUAAGUUUACACAACCGACCUCACCCCCUUUCAAGUCUCAGGAUACCAAGAUAAGAGAUUUGCAGGGAUGGUCAGUUAGACCCAGAGGUGACCGCUGCCCUAAAACCUGUGACGACCUGGAUUCCAGCAGAGCCUCCCGAGACCAAGGCCCGCCCACACAGAAACCGAGAUCUGAAUUGCCCCUAAAGCAAACAGGACAUCUCUCUGAGCCAUCUUGCAAAAGCAGAGCUGAGAGGAACAUUAGCCAAGCUCAGUUCACUCCAGCAAAUCGAAAGCCUGGCCUCACUGCUUUGGGAAAGGCCGUCUGCCUGCCUUCAGUCGUUUAGGCCAGAGUCCUUUUUCUGCUUCCACUCACUUUUCAACUCUGCCUAACACAUCCACCUGUGCCUUACUCUGAGGAGUCUCACAAUCCUUUCUGCAUGCUGAGAGUUGAUGGACCUAUUUUCCAGGAUGAUGAGUGGACGCUGAUGUCUCACCAGACCCUCUCUGGACAGAAUGACCUGCCCCAAAGCUGCUUUCUCUGUCGAGGAAAUGAGGUGGGGUGGCGACAGUGCUCUGUGCAGGCCAGGGGCCCAGUUGCUUGAGGUUUCCCCUCCAGGUCUUAAGAUGCUGCUCCAGAGCUGCCCACACUAGAAGGUGCCAGGCCUCCCUGUGGCCUCCACGAGCUCUCUGGCACGCUUCCUAGCUGAUGGAAAUAUUCUUUACGAAUCAACUUUCUACAUUCCAGUUUUUGUAUCUCUUACAAGCUCUGUGUCAUAUGAUUAAAUAUUAAUUUUAUUACAGUGACCAUA